AAGUCACUCCUAGAUACAGUGGCAGGUGGUAGCUGGCUUGCGGAAGGAAGAGGAAGAAGAGAAUGUGGGCCAUCAAGGAGCAAGGCCAGCCUUGCACUUGGGCCCCCUCUGCUCAGUGCUGACCAGGGCUUUCUGAGCCGCUUCCUAAUGAGGCUCAUUUGAAGACCCCCCCCCACCCCCCUCCUGCUGUCUUGGGUGGCAGAGCUAGCUCCAGGCUGUAAGAAAAUUAGGAGGAUUACCAAAGCAGUAUGGAGUCAGACAGUGGCCAACCCCUCAACAACCGUGAUAUUGUUCCCUUUCGCAAACCCCGAAGGCCCCAGGAGACCUUCAAAAAGGUGGGGAUCCCCAUCAUUGCAGUGCUGCUGAGCCUGAUAGCCCUCGUGAUUGUGGCCCUUCUCAUCAAGGUGAUUCUGGAUAAAUACUACUUCAUCUGCGGCAGUCCCCUGACCUUCAUUCAGAGGGGCCAGUUGUGUGACGGCCACCUUGACUGCGCCUCAGGGGAGGAUGAGGAACACUGUGUCAAGGACUUCCCUGAAAAGCCCGGAGUGGCAGUCCGGCUCUCCAAGGACAGAUCCACCCUGCAGGUGCUGGAUGCAGCCACAGGGACCUGGGCCUCAGUCUGUUUCGACAACUUCACAGAAGCACUGGCCAAGACAGCCUGCAGACAGAUGGGCUAUGACAGCCAGCCCGCUUUCAGAGCAGUGGAGAUCCGUCCAGAUCAGAACCUCCCUGUUGCUCAAGUCACAGGAAACAGCCAGGAACUUCAGGUGCAGAAUGGAAGCAGAUCCUGCCUCUCAGGCUCCCUGGUUUCCUUGCGCUGCCUUGACUGUGGAAAGAGCCUGAAGACUCCUCGUGUGGUGGGUGGGGUGGAGGCCCCUGUGGAUUCUUGGCCGUGGCAGGUCAGCAUCCAGUACAACAAGCAGCAUGUCUGUGGUGGGAGCAUCCUGGAUCCCCACUGGAUCCUCACAGCAGCCCACUGCUUCAGGAAGUAUCUUGAUGUGUCAAGCUGGAAGGUCAGGGCAGGCUCAAACAUACUGGGUAACUCUCCAUCCUUGCCUGUGGCCAAGAUCUUCAUCGCUGAACCCAAUCCUCUGUACCCCAAAGAGAAGGACAUUGCCCUUGUUAAGCUGCAGAUGCCACUCACAUUCUCAGGCUCAGUCAGGCCCAUCUGCCUGCCCUUCUCUGAUGAGGUGCUUGUCCCAGCCACACCAGUCUGGGUCAUUGGAUGGGGCUUUACAGAAGAAAACGGAGGAAAGAUGUCUGACAUGCUACUGCAGGCAUCAGUCCAGGUCAUUGACAGCACACGGUGCAAUGCAGAGGAUGCCUACGAAGGGGAAGUGACCGCUGAGAUGCUGUGUGCAGGUACCCCACAGGGUGGCAAGGACACCUGCCAGGGUGACAGUGGUGGGCCUUUGAUGUACCAUUCUGACAAGUGGCAGGUAGUAGGCAUCGUGAGCUGGGGCCAUGGAUGCGGCGGCCCAAGUACUCCUGGAGUGUAUACCAAGGUCACUGCCUAUCUCAACUGGAUCUACAAUGUUCGGAAGUCUGAGAUGUAACGCUGCCGUCCCCCACAUCCAGAAGCUGCUUCCCUUCAGACCUACCUACGGCAUGACCCCUCAAAGUCAGAUAUGGGACAAGAGCCUCCUUGAACAAACUCUGGUAUCCCUGCAGCAAGCAAGGAUACAUUGCAGAGGUGCCCGGAGUGGAGUCAGAUGGGCUAGCUCAGCCACCCCUGCAUCUCCCAAACCCUGGGAGACAUGUGGCCCAUGGGAGUAAAUCCAGGACAUUGACUCAACUCUCAGAAGUGUUAUUCAGUCAAGGAGGCUCUCCCUUCCACUGAAGGAAGGAAAGUCAGCUCUCUCCUGAAAGGCCAGAUCACUGGCUGAGUAGAUGAGACAAGGGUAUGAAAGGCCUUUGCCAUCUUCUUUGCCCAGUCCUGAAAGCACUGACGUAAGAGACCAGUCAGUUCUAAUGUAAGGUGUAUAUUUUAGUGUCAGGGUAUUGCAAUUGUCACCUCUGUGGUCAAUAUCAUUAAACAGGUAUGAGAAUUCGCUGGCAUAGACUUCCUGGUCUGCUUAAUAAGAAUCCAACUAAGGAUGUCACAUGACAGUUUCCCAGAAAAUGUGAACAAGUGUCCAUCUGACACACGGCACCAAUGACAAACCAAAGAAGUUAUUCUGCCUGAGUCUCAGUUGCUGAACUAAUAAAUUAGCUGCGGUUUCUUGCA